AUGGAUCUGGCCGAAGAGUCGGUUGAGGCCGUCCAGGCUCGCCACAAGAAGGAGGCCAAGGACUUGAUGGCCACCAUCACUGGAAUGAAGAAGCAGGCCACCAAGAAAACCAGAAAAGGCGUCUUGGUGAAGUGUCAAGAGUUACAGGAUGAGCUCGAACGCAGACACAAACAAGAAUUGGAUGAGUUGAAUGGCGACUCAGGCGAGCAAGAAGUGACACCAGAGGAGCUUUUGGCCCGUCUUGCUAUCUCGGCAGAUACCCCAAGUGUCCAGGCUCCAAAUUCCACUCCUGAACUGACUUCUACCGAACCUCCUGCUCCAGCUACACCAGCAGGGUCGGGCAAGAAGAGAAACCGUGCAAAGGAAAGGUUGGAGAAGAGGAAGGCUGAAAUCGAGCGUAUCAAGCAAGAAGCCACAGAAGAAGCUGCGAACACAACGGACUACAGGCAAAUCGAAAUCGAGUCGAUGGACCAAUUGCUCCAGUUGAACGGGUUGAAGGUACACGAAAUCAAGCCUGAUGGCCAUUGUCUCUUCGCGUCCAUCCAGGACCAGUUGACACUCAGACACAAUGUCAACCACAGCAUCCAGGAAUUGAGAGAACUUUCUGCCAAGUACAUAUCAGAACACAGAGACGAUUUUGUGCCGUUUAUGUUUGACGAAAAUACGGGUGAGCUCCGAGACCUCGACAACUAUAUCCAAGAACUCACCACCACUGCUAUGUGGGGUUCGGAUAUGGAGAUCCUCGCUCUUUCCAAGCUAUUUGAGUGUCCGGUAAGCAUUUUCAUCGCUGGCGCAUCUACCAUAAUAAUCAACGAGGGAGCAGAGAAUAAUGAGUUGAAAUUGGGCUAUUAUAAACACUCCUAUGGAUUGGGAGAACAUUACAACUCCCUACGCGAUGCAUCUUAG